AAACGAUACUCUCCAAAACAAUUUGGACUCAUUUGGCGGCCCUGCAUCUAUUCAUAUGUUUGUUAUUUCCACUACACCCCAAGAACAAUUCAACUUAUUUAAUCAGCUCGCGCAAAAGCAAAAUUUUCUUACUCAAUCACUCUGUCACCAUCUUAUCCUUUGUACCUCUAAAGUAGUUCUAGAUGCAGCACACACAUCCUUCUACCCUUUUUAAACCCCAAACUUCGUACUCUAUAGCACUACUCUGUUCAUCCUCUCAUAUUCUCAAGCUCAUCAUCAUUCAUGGCUCACUUGUUUUCCUUUCUCAUACUCUCCUUCUCUUCUUCCUCUCAGUUCUCUCACACUCCAUAAUUACCAAUCCUCAACUGAGGGUUGGCUAUUACUCUGAUAAGUGUCCGAGGGUCGAAUCAAUCGUCAGAGAGCUCAUGCGCCGAGCAAUGGCUCGAGAUCCUAGAAGUGUUGCGUCAGUCUUGAGGUUUCAAUUUCACGAUUGCUUUGUGAAUGGAUGUGAUGCUUCCAUACUACUAGAUGAUACAUCCACAAUGCUUGGAGAGAAGCUGGCCUUGUCCACCAUCAAUUCUCUCAAAUCCUUCGACGUGAUCGAUGAUAUUAAGGAGGCCUUGGAGAAGGAGUGCCCUGGUGUUGUUUCUCGCGCGGAUAUUAUCAUCAUGGCUGCAAGAGAUGCUGUUGGCUUGAGUGGGGGACCAAAAUGGGAAGUAAAACUGGGGCGAGAGGAUAGUCUGACCGCGAGCCAAGCAGACUCUGACAACAUAAUGCCAAGCCCACGAGCCGACGCAUCCACCCUCAUCCCUCUCUUCCGACGGUUCAACCUCUCCGUCACCGACCUGGUCGCUCUCUCUGGGUCCCACUCCAUCGGUCACGCCCGCUGCUUCUCCAUCGCCUUCCGCCUCUACAAUCAACUUGAUUCACACAUGGACCCGAGUUUUCGAGCCAAACUGGAUCACAUUUGCCCCAAAGAUUGCGAUGGAAAUGUAACUGCAGGUUUUGACCAGACUCCACUCCGGUUCGAUAACCGGUAUUUUAAAGAUUUGGUUUUUUCGAGGGGGGUUCUUAACUCGGACCAGACCAUGUUCUCUGGUAGUUAUCGGACGAAGAAGUUGGUGAGAUGGUUCAGUCGUGAUGAGAAGGCGUUCUUUGAUGCGUUUGUUGAAGGAAUGGUUAAGUUAGGGGAUUUGAGUUCGGGAAGAAGAGGGGAAGUUAGGAGGAAUUGUAGGGUUGUGAGUGGAGGAUCUGCAUAGUAUCCACUGAAUUGUCUAGUUUUACUUGUAUUUGUAGUCCAACAUUAAACUCAGUCUGAUGAGUUACAUGAGAUGUAAAUUAGGGGUAUUUUUUCUAUGGGGAAGAAGAACAACUGUAAUAGAUAGAUAUCAUGCAAUGAGAACGGAACGAAAAGCUUGCACGGUAA